AUGUCCCCCACCGCGGGUUACCCACUCAACUCCAUCCACGCGCGAGCCGAAACUCAUGUUGAUUCCACGGCCCCGCCACUGGGGGCGGUAAUUGGAAUUGUGUUUGGUGGAAGCUUUGGGAUCUUGAUUAUCUCGGCAUCCUUCGUCGUAUAUUUGUUAAGGAGGAAAGACCGGCUCGAGAGAGCCAGAAUCCAGUCAACAGAGGCAUCCAUCGUCCAUGUCGAGGCAAAGGAACCGGCCAGGACUUUCCCGUUAGUAGAUCCACUUGGAAUACCUCGUUUGCACAGUUUGUCAUCAGGCCAUUGCUGCGGAAAAGACGAUGGCUCGAUUCAGUGGUUGACUGGCGAUGUUGGGAACGGCAUGUCCAUCGCUAGUGUUAGUUCAAAAGGACUGUUCUCAAGUAAAGGGCUCACUUGGCUAUCCGGGAAACGUAGACAAUCAUGGACACGAGGUUCAACAGUGCCGAUACCCAACAAUUCCCUUCCAUUGACAAGGCUUCAACCUCCAUCCACUGGCACCCUCGAACAAAUCGCUCCUUCGAGCCAUCUCGAUCCGUCGCUUCCUAAGUGGCUUGCAAGGACAUGCUCCAAAACCUCUAAAACGAAAGUUUAUAUUGGGCCCAAUGCACACAACCCGAAUUCUUUCUCGACGAAUCCAUAUGAGGCGCAAGAAGUGGCCAGUUUACCACAGAUACCACCCAUGCCCCGACGCGUGGCACCUGGCACUCAAUUUUCGACCAUCUUGAGAUCUACAUCAGAACGUCUGAAGUCUGCUCGUAAACAAGCUUUGUCGAGAACUUUGACUACCCUUAGUCAGCUUCCCGGGUUACCGCCUACGGAGAGACUUCCAACACCCCCUAGAAAACCAGUCCCCGAAAGCCGCAUGGUGAGCGAUGAUGCCACAUCCAUAAUCAGCUCUAUCUUCGGGGGAUAUCUUUCUCGUAGCCCAAGUCCGGAAAGAAAAGUCCCUAGGACAGCGGGUUGUGCAUUUCCCAGACAGAAUUACUCUCCCAGCACAUCUAUAUUGUCGGAUGAUAGUCUCUGCCCACUUGACGUACCGGACUUAGCCAUGCCGGCACCUUUUACGCCUGGUGGCCUACGUGGGGAACAGAGAUAUAGGAUGCGGGUAUCUUCCGAUGGCAGCAAAGCUAUAUCUGCACCAAUCCAUAAGGAUAGCCGAACCUCGGUGCUGGAACCAUACAAUCAGGCUGAUACAAUUGAUGCUUCCGACCUUUCUAUUUCGGCCAAGGUUUCGUUAGCUAAUGAUCCAUUCUAUUCAUCUGUCAAGAGGUCAAAGUCUGCUGUACCAGUAUUUCAACCACGGCCCCUUUAUAUUCGCAAGGCUAUGUUUGGGUUGGAAGCGUCGUGGGAGAGAUAUUCGGGCUCUAUAUCUCCCCUUGAAAUCGCCUCUGACAACGCGCAAUCUCCCAGCAGAAGACGUGAAACAACACAAUCAAGUCCGAUAUCAAAGGGGGCUGAAUUGAAUCCCUUCCAAUGGUACCCCCAGAAGCCAAUGGAUCCCCGCCCAGUUCUGGCAAACCAAAAGCGUGCUGGGUCUCCCCGAAAGAAGGGCCAUCAACGGUCUAAUGUGGUACGAAUAUCUGGCAUUCCCCGCCCAUCAAGUGUUGGUGAGGUACCCGAAGGGUCAGAGGAACAUUUAUCUUCGAUGAAAAACGAUAUUCCGAAUACCCCUAUAGGCAUGACCGAGCCUUCUAAAACCGCAUGCUUUCCACUCAAGUCUGUCCCCCGAAGUCUCAGCUGCCAUCCUCCCUCCACGGCGAUUUUCAAUCCUUCUGUCACUGUACCCGAACUUCUGCCAGGCAGGUCCUUAGAAGAUUCACCGACCCUCGGCGUUGUUACCUUCCCCCCAAAACUAGCCAUCCGCGAUCACAGCGUCGAAGCUUCUGGUUCCAUCAGCGAUUCGAGGACCAAUGAAUCCCGGCAUCAAAGUCUUGUAUUGUCCGGAAUGGUGCCAAAUCCCGCUUUCUUCGUCGCAGAGCCCUCAUCAGGGAGGCCAGACCUUCCCUCUAAUUCUGAGAUCAUGGAAUCCAUAGAAGAACGACCACUUUCUCUACCCGUCAGCAUUUCAUCCUCCACAGCUGUCCAACGUCCCUCACCUUCUCUCACCUCUAUCCUGCCAACAAAUUCACCAAUGAGUAGUGGCACGCUCGGGCGCAGGGGCGAUAUGUCAAUGCGCAAUUCGGUCUCUUCGAUCUAUUCCGAGUAUCAAGCAAGCCCUGCGCAACCUGUCUUCGCACGUAGCCCCAGCGUUUCCCCACAACCGAGAAACCCGAGAGCAGGAAGUGCCGAAGGAGGUUCUGUUUCCGAUUUAAGCUCGGGCCAUUUCCUAUCCCUUCGGCUGAAGUCUGGUGCGCCGAAGAAAAAGGUCGAGAAACAGAUCUCUGCUCGUCUAAUUAGCGAGAUACGCCGACGAGAAAGGAGACGUUCACAACUCCGGGCGUUAAGUUGGAAUGGAGAGCAGAGGUUGAAACUGGCUGGAGUUUCCAGUUUGGCAACGAGGCCGGGUCAGCCUGAUUCUCUGGGCUCGAAGUUUUCAACCUCUCCAAUUGAUCAGUGGACAUUGAGGACGUCGCAUGAUGUGUCGAUGGACACGAAUCCGUAUAUGGAGCUGGUACGAGAAAUAACAGAGCAUGGAAAGGUUAACGAGAUCCGAUGGUCUGAUGCAAUGAUUAGACACCCUCUUCAGGUCACAUCCCGCCAGUCAAAAUGGGAGUAUCCGUCCCCGCAGCUGCCGCCUCAGUGCAGAUGGGAGAUGGAAAGCAAAAUCAUGCCGGAUCUGACAAGUGAGGACGGUCCAGGAAAGGAAAAUAUUGGGGAUGAGAACACCAUUGCGAUGCAGCUGAAGCCGAGCAUUUAUGGCAAUUGGAAUGGGAAUCACGGACGUCCCGACAGUUUGGGUCUAUACGAUUCCGAGGGUUUCCUGAAGAGCAGUCCCGAUAGGCGAGGAGCGUUGGGAAGAGGGUGAAGGCUGGGGUC